ACAGCGGCUCCUGCUUCCGGGAUUGUCCUCCUCCCAGCAUCCCCCGCUCCUGCCGACACCUCCGCCGGCUCCGGAGCCCUCACCCCCGGGCAGUAUCCUCCACCCUCCCCAGUCUCCUCUCCCCCGGCACCAGACGAAGCGCACGGACCGAAACCCGCCGUCAUUAACCCUGUCAGCGCCGCGCUUACCUCCCUGAAGUGUGUGUAUAUCGUAUAGCAGAGCCCCACAUGACAGGCGCCGGCUGUGAGCCCUGCCAGCUGGCCUGAGCCCCCCCCCCCCCCCCCCAGUCUGUAAUAACCGUAUAAUAUCCAGGCUGUGCCCGCGGACAGGGACUCUCGAUCGCCAGUAAUCCAUACACUGGGACCAGCAGAAGCGCUUCCAUGAGCCGAAAUGCUGGGCAGGAGACCCGGCAAAAAGAAUGCCCAAGCCAAGGGCAGAGGGGCAGCGGCGGCAAAGGAGCUUGGGCUGUUUGUAGACUUCAACCCCGAGGACAUGAUGAUGGGUAUCCCAGAUGACCCAGACGAUGGAGAUCUUGAGGCAGAAUUGGCUGCACUUACUGGUGCCAAGGUUGCACCCAAGGGCAAGCCUAAAGGAAAAGCUCCUCUCCCUAUGGAUCACAUAGAGAAGAUGGCACAAGAAUGCAUGAGAGACUUGGACGCAGAAGUGGAGGGUGAUGAGGAUGACCUGGAUGAUGAUGAUGAUGAUUUGCUGGCUGAGCUCCAGGAAGUAGUGGGGGAGGAUGUGGAGGAGGAGGAGGAGAAAGCAUCCCCUUCAGAUGUUCUAGAAGUAACUGCACCUCCGCAGGUGGAAGAUACAGAGCCUGCACCGCUACUUACCUCUGCAGCUAAUACCCUCAAAAGCCCAUCCCAGACAAUGUCCGGGGGGCUCGUCCAAACGCUAGAAGAACGGAUCGCCAACUACAAAAUAGCAAUUACCAAUGCAAAACAGUCCAACGAUGGUUCCAAAGCCAGACGCUUCGAGCGAGGACUGAAGACCCUGGAAUCUAUGCUAAAGGCAGCCAGACAAGGGAAGCCUGUGGCAGAGGAAGAGAUGCCGCCACCAGUGGCUUGUGGGAAGCCUACAUCUGCCGAAGCCUCAACUUCAGCGGCAGCCCCAAAGGAAGAGCACCCAAGUCCAGCGGGAACUCUUCCUACAGAACCUGCCAGAAUCCAAGAAUCGCUGGAGAGUAGAGAAGUGUCAGCCCCUGCUAGUGAGGAACACCCCCCCAGCCAAAGUGAAGACGACACAAAAACUUUGCUGACGACGAGACAGAGGGAGUACAAGAUGGCGGCUGUGAGAGCGAAGCAAAGUGGAGAUCUGGAGACAGCCAAGGAGUACAUAAAAAUAGUUAAGAAAUUCAGCAACGUUCUAGAUGCUUUGGAGAACGGUCAGCCUGUGGAUCUUAGUCAGAUGCCUCCUGCUCCAAAUGACCACAAUGUGGCAGCCGCUCCAGGCCCCCAGCCAUCUGUCCCUGCAACUACACAAGCAGCCUCGGCCAGUUCUGUGUUAGAGGCUCUACAGCAGAGAAUGGAUCGGUACAAAUCAGCAGCACAGCAAGCCAAAGCCAAUGCGGAUGACAGAAAAGCCAGAAUGCAUGAAAGGAUCGUCAAGCAAUACCAGGAUGCCAUCCGAGCGCAUAAAGCCGGGAGACAGGUGAAUCUGGCGGAGCUCCCAGUUCCUCCAGGCUUCCCUCAGUUUCCUGGUAUGGAGAACACAGAAGGUGAGGGAAGUGUGGAUAAAGCGCUGGAAGCUGCCCACAAACUGGCAAAUGCCAACGAAGAUGAAGACCCCAAGGAAGAUGAUGAUGAUGAUCAGGAGGCACAGCCGGCAAAGAAACCCGUCCCUCAUAAACCUACCCAAGUUGUAAAGCCGUAUGUAUCGCCACAACAAGAUGAAACGUCCCUCAAAGCCAAAGGUGCUGGAUCCAUCAUGUCUCCGGAGAACCUCCCGCCCGCAGUACAAGAGCAGAUGGAGUUCCUGGAGAACCGGAGAAGACAAUACAGAAAAGCUGCUCUACAAGCUAAGCAGAAGAACGAUCUGGAACUAGCUAAACAGCACAUGAGAGUUGCACAUGUUCUCCAAGCCUCUAUUGACAAACUCAAGGAGGGGACCCUGGUGGACAUUACCAAGGUACCUCCUCCCCCUAUGGAUGAGGACAGUGACUUUGUUGUGGUUGAACAUGAGGACAGCAGGCCGCCGCAGAACUCCGAUGACGUUUAUGCUCAGUUGAUAAAACUUCUUCAAGAGCAACAUGAGAAAUGUAUGAGAUAUUCUAAGCAGUUCACACACAUGGGUAAUGUCGCAGAAACUACCAGGUUUGAGAAAAUGGCAGAGGACUGCAAGAAAAACUGUGAAAUCCUACAUUUAUCACAAGCUCAGGGUCUGGAUCCUCCUCCUUAUCAUUUUGAGGAUAAAACAUUGAAAAUUGUCAGAGUUUUCUCAGAACUGAGUAGUACAGAGAUGCUGCUCAUUAUAGUUCGCGGCAUUAACCUUCCGGCCCCAUCAGGGAUGGCUCCAAAUGAUUUGCAUGCAUUUGUGAAAUUUGACUUUCCAUAUCCAAGUACGGAACAGCCUCAAAAGAAUAAAACCUAUGUUGUUAAGAACACCAACUCACCAGAAUAUGAACAGACAUUUAAACUGAACAUUAACCGCAACCACAGAGGCUUCAAGAGAGUCAUUCAGGCCAAAGGCAUCAAGUUUGAGAUCUUCCAUAAGGGAGUAUUCUUGCUAAAGAGCGAUAAACAGAUCGGUACAGCAAGUGUUAAACUGGACAAGUUGGAGACACAGUGUGAAAUCCGGGAGAUUGUGGAGGUGUUUGACGGAAGAAAAUCAACAGGGGGGAAACUGGAAGUUAAAAUUCGGCUCAGAGAGCCUCUGAAUGGACAAGACCUUCAGAUGGUGACAGAGAAAUGGCUGGUGAUGGAUCCAGUGACAAGGAAGUGAGUUGAGACGGUGCAAUGAAGAUGCUGCCUUUUCACUCCCAUGAUAGCCUGCUAAGACAGGAGUCUUACAGGCCGAGACAGGAGUUGCAUACCAAAGGAUGUCCCACAGCAUCAAAGCACAUCAGGGGAAGGCCGUCUGGAUCCAAGGAUCACAUGAAUUUAUCACUGCAGAAUGUCCGCCGCCAUGGCCCAUACACCAAGCCGGCCCCUCCACCUUACUAACAAUAGAGCUUGGUGUCUCUCUUGCGUAACCUCUGGCUUUUCAUGUGUUGAAUGUAAAUCAGGAUUUUUUUAUCUGAUUAUCAGAAACCAAUGCGAUACAAAGCCAAGGAGGCACAGGAACGAAACUAGCAGCCGCUGAUCUGUGCUUGGUUGUGAAACACUAAUCUGGCAAGAAGCGGGUUUAUUGAUGAACCCUAUACAAUGCAGUUCAAACACUUCUUCUUUCUGGGAGAAUUUUUCCACUAUGGAUUUGCUUUUGGUGCUGAAAUGCUAAUUCUCCUGGCCGCCACAGCUCAUCGGGCAUACAUAGCUGUAGUCAAGUUACAUAGGCUUGUGCCCUGAAGAAACAGCUGCACUGAGACCAUUCUAUAUGUAUGAAUUGGUGUUGAAUCACCCUGACUUAAGGGUGCCGUAGUCACUUCUUCUUCACCCACACAGGUGGCUUCAGUGACGAGGCCGUACCCUUGUAGGGAUCACCCAAGCAUGACUACUCUGGCAGGGAGAGGCUCUGUCUUUCCCUGUAAGUGCCUUUAACCGAUUCAGUCUGUAGACUGUGGGGGUCAUUGAGUUCCGUCACGUACGUUUCCAGCUUUGUCUGUUCUUUGUGCCUUUUAAGACGGGCUGUAUCUCUGCGGCAGUAGUUCUCAACAUGGGACUCUCCAGCCAUUGCAAAAUGACAGCACCCGCCAUCUUGCAAGGACUGUGAGGACCACAGGUUGGAGACGACAACAGAAGUCAUAUGCAGAUUAACCCUUUCAGGCCAAACACCCUGGUUGCAGGCCUUUGACAAAACAGUUGUCGACGCUUUUUAUUUAGUUUAUCACCUUCAUUGAGAUGUUUGUGCCAUGUGUAAAGCUUAAAUGUUCAGACUGUUAAAGGAAGCCAUUUUUGAUUUUUAUUUAUUAUCUCACUGGACGGUACUUUAUGGCGCUGUUGUAUCUACUGCAUAAUAAAAUAAGUUGACGUUGGG